AGAUAGCAACACGAUGCUUCGCUGGCUUGGAAGAACGAAAUAAACAUUACUUUUUUUUUUUUUUCUUUCAAACGAGAUCUUGUAGUUUAGUUUGAUAGUAAGGCCUAUAUUUUGGUAGUAUAGUUUCGGAGAGAAAAUGUUUCGAGGUUUUAGCCUGGGUUUCUGCUUGACAUUAUUUUGCUUCGGACCGUUUGUUUGCAGCGCGUGUCCGUCUCAAUGUAACUGCUUCUUUCACAAAUUAUCAGACGGAUCCAAAGCAAGGAGUGUCCUUUGCAAUGACCCACAGAUUACUCUGAUCCCACCCAACUUUCCUGCAGACACCUCGAAACUGCGGAUCGAGAAGACUGCCAUCACAAAGAUCUCCGGCGAAACCUUUCACUACCUCAACAGUUUGGAAUUUCUCUGGAUGUCUUUCAAUUCUCUCAACUCUUUGAAUGUAGACAGCUUCCGUGGCCUGAGAAGUCUGGAUGAGCUGAGACUGGAAGGGAACACUCUCAUCUCUUUCCCCUGGGAAUCUCUGACUGAUAUGCCCGACCUGAGGCUACUGGACCUACAUAAUAAUAAGAUAUCGUCGAUCCCGGCCGAGGCGACCAUUUAUAUCAAGAACCUGACCUACCUGGACUUAUCUAGCAACAACCUGGCCACCGUACCUCCUGAGGUUCUCUCUAUGUGGUUAUCUGUGAAACCGUCUCAAGAAGAUGGGGACAGUUCCAAAUAUAUUCUAGGUCUCCAUGACAACCCAUGGCUAUGUGACUGCCGGCUCUAUGACCUGGUCCAGUUCCAGAAGUCUCCGUCAUCCUCUGUGGUUCUGAUCGACACCAAGCUGCGCUGUGCUGACCCGGAGAGCCUGUCAGGGGUGUUGUUCAGCGAGACGGAGCUCCAGAGGUGUCAGGGGCCCCGUGUCCACACGGCUGUGGCCCGGGUCAGGAGCUCCCUGGGGAACAACGUCCUGCUACGUUGUGGGACUAUCGGAGUCCCAGUACCAGAGCUGUCCUGGACCCGGGCAGACGGCAAACAGAUGAAUGGCACUGUUCAGGAAGAAGUUUCAAAGGAGGGAAUCAUUUGGUCCAUCCUGAGUGUGCCUGCCGUCUCUUACCGGGACUCUGGGAAAUACAUGUGCAAAGCGACCAACUUUGUGGGGACUGCAGAUGCCAUCAUCUCCCUGGUUAUUACAGACUCCUUUAAAAAUGAGGAACAAGGUGGCAGCUCCAAGACUAGAAACCAAAGAGGACGGAAAACCGGUGGAUUUGGGAAAGCUGCCUACCAGAAGAAACUUGUUGCCAGAUACAUACCUCCACCAACCACGACGGCAGCUAUGCCCAUCAUCGAGCCACUAGGACCGAGUGGUUUCACAGGGAGGUAUGAUAUCGAGAGCUACAGUAUUUUGGACAGUGUGGCCGAUGGACAGACGCCCGGUCCUCCUGCCACGGAGCCGGCGAUUAUUAAGGAAGUGGAGAAGGAGGUUCUUAGCAACCUGGCAGCCAACGCCUCUUCUUUGCAGGCAUCGGCGCCGCCGGAGAGACGGGUGGUACGAUCGGUGAAGGUCAUCGGGGACACCGAUCACACCGUCUCCCUGAACUGGCGGGCCCCGACGGCCAAGAACACCACCGAGUUCAGCGUCCUGUAUGCCGUUUUCGGCGAGAGGGACAUGCGGAGGAUCAACGUAGGCGUGGGAAAGAACCGUAUCACCAUCGACGGCCUUGUGCCAAGGACAAAGUACAUCGCCUGCGUCUGCGUCAAAGGCCUGAUCCCUAAAAAGGAGCAGUGUGUAAUCUUCUCAACGGACGAGGCGGCAAGCGCAAGCGGCACCCAGAAGCUCAUUAACGUGGUGGUGAUCACCGUGGCCUGUGUGAUCGCUGUCCCCCUGACACUGAUCGUCUGCUGCGGGGCGCUCAAGAAGCGCUGUAAAAAGCUACUGGGGAGGAAAUCCAAAGAUAUUCAAGACUCAUAUGUAACAUUCGAAACCCUCUCCCCGGGACAGAAGCCUAAGGGGAUGGAGGGGGAGUACCUUGCCAGGCAACACCCAGACGAGUCCAACAGACUGCUCUCUGCUAGAUCCAGUGUGGACUCUGGGGCUACUUGUAGGAAUGAGGCACCCCCUAGUGAGUACUUUUGUUGAUACCAAAUGAAGGCCUCAACCUUUACAGGGCAGAGAAGUCUGUCCUUUCCAAGCAGAACUUAAGUUGGUUGGUUGUUCUCUUCUGGCAAGUGAUGUAUUGUAGAUGAGUGACACUGCUCAGAGACGGGGCAGAGACCAACAGACAGUUGCAUGGACAAGUGUGGUAUAUAUGUGAGUCUAGAUAAAUAGGAUAAAUAAAUGCUGACAUAACUGUGAUUAUAUAUAUAAUAUAUUAUUAUUAUGCCUUGCAGAAAUACAGGCCAACCUUGACCCGGUGAACUGUAAAAAAAAAAAAAUUAAAACAGAAACAAAUUUUUUAUUUAAAAUGUGGAAAUAAGCAUUUUAUAUUUGUCAUGCACUUUUAAGGGGGUAACAUAGUGUAAGCAGUUGCCUUUCUUUGAAAUGACACUUGGGUUACACAGUUAUGCUAACUUUUACAAAAUUCCCAGGUUUUCCAGAAAUUCUUGGUGGAAUAAGGAAACCCAAAAUGGCACGUUCUACCAGAAUACAUGAAACCCAUUUUUUAACAUAUGGAGGAAGAGUAAUGACAGUUAUUCUGAAACGAAUCUGACCUCAGAAUUCUGGUAGUUUUUAUUUGACAAAAUAAGGUAAAGUAUUGGUGAAGCAACUCAUAUCUGUAGUGAUAUUUUGUACCUCUGUGUAUUUACCAUAAAUGUUAAUGUGCCAGGUUUACUGUCCAAUCAAACCUAACAUACUAUACAUUUUGUAAUGUAUAUAUCUAUGAUCUGAUCUGAUAUAUAGUACCAGUCAAAAGUUUGGACACACCUGCUCAUUCAAGGGUUUUUCUUUAUUUUAA